AUGUACUGGCCAGCUCGCUCCUCAACCUCCUCGACUGGCAACUUCGUCAUACCACCGUCGACAUCGCACGUAAUUACAAGCCCGACACCUGACCAAACCACUAGGUGAGUGCUUACAGAUAUUUGCAUUGUCCGUAUUUCUCGUCAGCCCUACGGCUGGAUGUCAGGAGCGGUGACAUUUCUGCGGUGGCGAUUAGCCUUGGCGCGGUUGCUUCGUCAUCAGGUCAGCGGGAAUGGUCAUGAUGGGUGUCACGAUGCCUCUGGUUGUUGGAAGGCUCGGUGAUGCCGCAUUCGAAGGGCGAAUUCUUCGGUAUUCCUCCUUUUUACGCAACCCGGCUUCGGUGGAGUGCUCAAGCAUCAGGCUCGCCACGCGUGCCCCGCAGAGUCGUCACUGAAGCCCAUCAAGAGUGCUGCUAGCAGUAUCGCAAUUCUUAGUCACGCGCUCACAAUACGCUCCGCUCUUUCUGGCUCUUCACGUCUUGCCACCCCAGUCAGACACGAUGGCCGCCACCGCAACUCCAGUCGCAAACGGAACGCCCAGCUACGGCGAGGCUGUCAAGCGUGUCACUUCCAUCCCUCUCGUCUCGGAGUCUCUGACCUUCGCUCAGUCCACCAUCGACGCACACCCCUUUCUUCUGGCCCGUCCCUACCACCUUGGACAAUCCGUGGUCACCAAGGGGCUGGACGUUGCUCAGCCCGUCACCGCUCGCAUUUCCCCUCAGCUUCAGAUUGCUGACCAGUGGGCUGUCAAAUCUUUGAACUUUGCUGAGUCCAAAGGUGAGUUUGGAGGAGCCGAUUAGAGUUGGAUGGUCGCGUGCGCACCAGCCAUCGUGUGAAGCCCUACCAUUAUUCGUGACGCCUGCUAAUCGCGCAUACAUCUGUACUCGCACAGUGCCGUACCCAUUCCACGCCACCUACAAUGAUCUCUACUCCGCCGCGCGCUACCCUGCCGACCAGACCCUCCAGCUGAUUCACGCUUAUGCCGCCGCUAUCAACAAGGCCUACGAUGAGCGCAUCUUGUCGCCCGCCAAGAGCGUCUACAGCAGUCGCGUGGCUCCUUACGUUCAAGCUGCCGAGAAGAAUUUCCAGGACCUCCAGGCUCAGAAUGCGUACGUCGCUCGUGCAGUCGAGCUCACCCAGGGUCUCGUCAACAAUCUUCAGCAGCAGGUGAACACCAUCCAGAGCGGAAGCCGCGCCCAGGCAGACGCUGCGAGCAAGAAGGCCCAGGCUACUUCUCAGGCCAUCUUCGCUGAGCUGGACCGCGUUCGCUCAUUCGCCCAAGCUCUCCCUGCCGAGUCUCGCAAGCGUUUCGACCCAGCUCUCCAAACCUUCACCGACGCUUACGAGACUCUUCGUCGCGAGGCUCUCGACAGCAAGGUGCCCGCUCAGGAGCGUCUCAACCGCAUUGUCGCCUACGUCCGUGAGCAAACCAUCCCUGCUCUGCAAAAGAGCUUGUCCAACGGCAGUGCUCCCCAGGCAAACGGUGUCGCCAAGUAA